AUGCAUUUGCCAGCCGACACGACGGGUGUGACCGAGCCACCGGCUUGGCUGAGUGAGUUCAGACAGCGGGGGUGGUACGGUUUGGUCGUUUACCGCACCUAUUACGGCGACGGGUCUGAAAAGCAUGCGAGGCAAUGGGAACGGGUGCAGGAGAAGAUCUACGCCAUGUCCAAGGAGUAUCUGCCGGACGAGCCCGACGAGGAUGACUGGCCAUUCGAUCAAAGGACCAAAGAUACGUGGAAACUUCACUGCGUUGAUGAUCGAGCGGUGUUUGAUGGAGCGGGGCUGGAACUUGUAAAGGGACUCUUCGCACGGCUCGCACACCAGAAUAUGGACCGGCGCGACAGGGUGUCAUGGCUUGCUGCGCUCGUUGUGGAUCGCGAGGCUUUCGAUUCUAUCAGCGCGGCGGUCGAAGACCCCGCCAGAGAGCCAAGGGCCUUUGUCUGGGCGGUCGAUCCAGAUGUGGAUCCCGACGAUGUGCAAGAGAACGAUUCAGAAGAGUACAGAUACACAGGGCAUUACAGGAUGCCGCUGCUGAUGCUCGCAGAGUUCCAUCGAGUUGUCUUCAACCCGGAAUGUGACAGAAUGUACAAUGGCUGGGACAUGGCGCUCGACACUCCGUGGCCCAACUGGCGGCGGAGGGGAACUCUCUAG